AUGAAGAAAAAACCAAACCUCACACUUCCUCCUUCGGUCGCCGAGCCACAGAACGACUGUUCAAACGAUAAAAACACUACUGGCAUGGGUGCAAGUGUAGAAGAGCUCCAACAGAAUCUUAAGGAAUUGGACUUGGACGAAAAACAACGUAAAAGACUGGAAGAAUUCUUAACAAAGAAGCAGCAAGCUGGAGAGUUGAAUGUUGAUGACUUUGACAAAAUUGGUGAACUUGGUUCUGGUAAUGGAGGCGUGGUUCUCAAAGUGCGACACAAACCUACAAAUUUAAUGAUGGCAAGAAAGUUAAUUCAUUUGGAAGUGAAACCAUCAGUAAGAAAUCAAAUAUUUCGAGAACUCAAAGUACUCCACGAAUGUAAUUCGCCAUAUAUCGUAGGUUUUUACACUGCAUUCUUCUGUGACGGAGAGAUAAAUAUCCUAAUGGAAUAUAUGAAUGGAGGUUCUCUGGAUUUGAUACUUAAACAGGCAGGCAGAAUUCCCGAGCCCAUUUUAGGAAAAAUUAAUAUAGCUGUUUUAAAAGGUUUGAGUUACUUACGUGAAAAGCAUCAAAUUAUGCACAGAGAUGUAAAACCUUCAAACAUUCUUGUUAAUUCUGGAGGAGAGAUAAAAAUCUGUGAUUUUGGCGUGAGUGGCCAGUUGAUAGACUCAAUGGCAAAUUCUUUUGUUGGCACACGGUCAUAUAUGUCUCCGGAACGAUUACAAGGAACACAGUACACAGUCCAAUCAGAUAUCUGGAGUGUAGGACUUUCGCUGGUGGAAAUGGCCAUCGGGAGAUACCCUAUCCCACCUCCAGAUCCUGAACACUUGGAAAGCAUAUUUGGUGAUAAUUGUAUGGAAGAACACAUGGAAGCAGCCAUGACUGGGAAACCUUUAAAAGCUGGUGAGAAUCCCAUUUCCUUUUCUUUCUGGGAUAAGAAGAAAUAA